CUCGCUAAAAUGCAGACGACACUAUGGCGACUUCUCGGGCCUAUUCAUCCAUGCCAAGAUAUCGGAUGAUGUCUUCCGAUUGUAAUUGCUCGUUGAACCUUCAGAGAGAGGGGUUGUAAUUGAGAUGAACUUUUGUUCUUAUGUAGGCCAAGACUGCCUUUGGAUGUGCUGAGGAGAGCUUUCCGGUCCUGAUGUUCGUGGAUAGUGGGGACACUGAAGAUCAGUUUGCUUGUGGUAUAGCUCUCCACAAUGCUUGGAGGUUAAAUCGAGAGAGCUGUCUUUCCCAAAGUGCUCCCACAGCCAAAGUUCUCAAUGGCAGCUAUUCCGGCGUGUACAGCGAUGUUUAUGAUCAAGACUUCUUCCUUGGUAUCCCAUUCGCUCAACCUCCAGCAGGAGACCUACGAUUCCGUCAAGCACAAUCACUUAACACCUCUUUCUCGGAGACCAGAAACGCAACAGCAUAUUCUCCAGAAUGUAUCGGUUAUGGUAGCGAUGAUUGGGUCCUUGGAAAUGAUGUCUCAGAAGACUGUUUGACUCUGAACGUCAUUCGUCCUAGCGGAGCAGCCAAUCUUCCUGUUGGGGUUUGGAUCUAUGGCGGUGGAAACACAGAGGGUGGAAAUUCGGAUCCACGAUAUAACCUCUCGUUCAUCGUGCAGCAGUCUGUAUAUGCUCGUUCGCAGUUCAUUGGUGUCAGCAUCAACUACCGUGUCCAAGCUUGGGGGUUCCUCUUUGGACAAGAGGUGAUGGACGCCGGGUCCGCUAAUAUGGGCGUGAGAGACCAACGUUUGGCCCUACAAUGGAUUCAAGAAAAUAUUGCUGCUUUCGGAGGCGAUCCAACGAAGGUGACAAUCUGGGGUGAAAGUGCUGGUGCAAGUGGGGUUGGUAUGCAACUCAUUGCAUACGGAGGAAGGGACGACAAGCUGUUCAGAGGAGCAAUAGCUGAGUCUGGAGGGCCAACAGGUUCCAGCAAAUACUUAUCUCCAGCACAAUGGCAACCAUACUAUGACAAGAUUACAAACGCGACAAACUGCAGUUCAGUAGCUGAUUCGCUUGACUGCUUGAGAAAGCUUCCGACGGAUGUACUCAGCAAUGUGCUGAAUAGCUCAGUCACAACAGGAGCGUCUUGGGGACCACAAAUCGAUGGAGACUUUCUGCAAGAGUCUGGCACGACUCAAGUUCUGACCGGCAAAUUCGUCAAAGUUCCCUUCCUGACAGGUCGAAACCACGAUGAAGGCACAUCGUUCGCCACAAAAGGCAUCAACACAACAGACGAAUUCCUCGCAGAUGUCAUGUCAGCUGGACCAGACAAUGCCACAGGACUUACAAUUGCAGCUCUGUAUCCCGAUAUACCCAGCAUCGGCAUCCCGGGCACACUCGCCGGUCGACCACCACCAUCUCAAGCCUCUCUCGGUGCGCAGUGGAAACGAGCAUCAUCGUACACCGGAGAUCUGAGACAACACGCACCUAGACGGCUCGUCACCCAGAGCUGGGCAGCCCACAACAUAACAGCAUAUAGCUAUCUCUUCAACGUCUUCACCAACGGAUUCGAUGCCACGAUCGGAGUAACCCACUUCACAGAAGUAUCUUUCGUGUUCAACAACAUCUAUGGGAACGGAUACAACAACUCUGUAGCCUCAGAUCCGUUCGAGAAUAAGCCGGAGACGUACAUGCAAGUUGCGAAGAUGAUGUCUAGGAUGUGGGCGAGUUUUAUUGUGGAUUUGAAUCCAAAUAACGCUGGAUACGGCUGUAUCGAGUGGCCGAAAUACACGCUUGAUGAUCCAAGAAACAUCGUUUUUGAUGCGAAUGUGACUGGUCUCGCAUACAUUGACCCGGACAUUUAUCGUGCAGAGGGGAUCGCCUAUAUUCAGAGCCACUUGAACACAACAUAUGGUAGAUGA